UAUCAUUAUCUCUCUAGCUUGAAAUGGCUCAGUAGUCGCAACAAUUGAGUCUCGGAGGGCUCUUAAGAGCGGACAUGGACUCGAACCGGCCGCCCGAAACGCUACAGAAGAACCAGCGCUUCGCUGGCGGCCGGAUUCCGCCGAACCCUCGAAGCUCCGGCCACCGGAGGGCCCAAUCGGAGAGCUUCUUCCGCCUCCCCGACGAGUUCCUCUUCGAUUCUGACCAUGACUUUAAUUUUCCUGAUUUCGACUUCCCCUCUGUCUCAGAGGACAUCUCCGGCAGCAGAUCCGCCGCCGCCGCUGCCAUUCCGGCUGAUUCUAGUGGCAUGCCAAAGUCGUUGGUGGUGCAACCGGUGGCGAGACCUUCCGGUGGUGGAGCUCACUUGAGGAGUCUAUCGUUGGACACGGCGUUUUUCGAUGGGUUGUGUUUCGAAGGGCUUGGUGCCAUCAGUGGUUCGGUACCGGAGAAGAAGCCGCAGCAUCAGCAUAGCGGCUCAACAGACGGGGCGACGUCUUCUUUUGAAGAGGAGUCGAUGAUGCCGUCUACGGAUUAUUCGAAAGCGGCGGAUAAGCUCGCAAAGCUGGCUCUGAUCGAUCCAAAGAGAGCCAAAAGAAUUCUCGCGAACAGGCAGUCUGCUGCUCGAUCAAAAGAGAGAAAGGUACGCCACACAAGCGAACUUGAGCGGAAGGUGCAGACACUUCAGACAGAGGCAACAACUCUCUUGGCUCAGCUUACCUUGCUUCAGAGGGAUUCUACUGGCUUAACUUCUGAGAAUACAGAACUCAAGCUGCGGUUGCAGUCUAUGGAACAAGAGGCUCAUCUCAGCGAUGCUUUGAACGAAGCAUUGAGAGAAGAAGUUCAACGACUCAAGUCACAGGCUCCAAACAGUAGUGGAAACACCUUCAGCCUAGGAUUUCAGCAGUCUUCCUCCCCUUACUUCCCUCAUUUUCCUAACCAACAGACUCAGCAGAUUCAUUCAGGUAUACUUAACAGCCAUCUGAAUCAGCUUCUCAACUCAGCUUCUUCUCCUGCUUUCCCAAACGGCCAAGCUUUCAAUGAUCAGAAUGUUCAUGAUUCUAUGGACCUGAUGUAAUGAUCUAUCAAGUGCUGAAGAAUACCUCUAAUGAGGAACAAGCUAAGUUGAUAUUUUACUUAUUUAAUGUAAGGGGGAUUUGGAUGUAUAUUAUUAAAUUAUUAUAUUUUUACCUCUAUAAUAUAUAAAUUCUUAUAUUUAUUUAUAAAA